AUGACACGGCACAAAGGUGCCACCGGGCACGAGGUGUUAGUGGCACGCUGGCAUGUUGUGGCACUCCGUCCCAAUGUGGCCCGUGACAUGGAACUGCAGCCUGCGGAGGCAGUGCCUGGCGCUGGCACGUUGUCGUGGCGUGGCACCAAGGUGUCACAGUCAGUCAGUAACACGGUGAUGUCAUGGCAUGAUGACAUCAUAGCUGUCAGCGAGCAGCCUCUGCCAGUUUGGGGCCACGCCGCCCCACUUCCAAGCCCCUCCAGAGAACGUUACGCUGUUAUUGCCUACGGCUGUGCCAGCUGCCCCAAGUUGACUUGUGAGAGAGAAGGCUGCCAGACUGAGUUCUGCUAUCACUGCAAACAGAUAUGGCAUCCCAACCAAACCUGCGAUAUGGCCCGUCAGCAAAGGGCUCAGACGCUGCGGGUACGGACGAAGCACGCCUCAGGCCUCAGUUAUGGACAGGAAUCUGGAGCUGCCGAUGACAUUAAGCCAUGUCCACGUUGCAGUGCUUACAUUAUCAAGAUGAACGAUGGGAGCUGUAAUCACAUGACUUGCGCAGUGUGUGGCUGUGAAUUCUGCUGGCUGUGUAUGAAGGAGAUCUCAGAUCUGCAUUACCUCAGUCCCUCUGGAUGCACGUUCUGGGGCAAGAAGCCAUGGAGUCGCAAGAAGAAAAUUCUCUGGCAGCUGGGCACAUUGAUUGGUGCCCCUGUUGGCAUUUCCCUCAUUGCUGGCAUUGCCAUUCCUGCCAUGGUCAUUGGCAUCCCAGUGUACGUUGGGAGAAAGAUCCAUAGCCGUUAUGAGGGAAAGAAAACCUCUAAGCACAAGAGGAACUUGGCCAUCACUGGCGGGGUCACCUUAUCUGUCAUUGCAUCCCCAGUCAUUGCUGCUGUGAGUGUUGGUAUUGGAGUCCCCAUCAUGCUGGCCUAUGUCUAUGGUGUUGUGCCAAUUUCUCUCUGUCGAGGAGGUGGCUGUGGAGUCAGCACAGCCAACGGGAAGGGAGUGAAAAUAGAGUUUGACGAAGAUGAUGGACCCAUUACAGUGGCAGAUGCUUGGCGAGCCCUGAAGAACCCCAGUAUUGGUGAGAGCAGCAUCGAGGGACUAACCAGUGUGUUGAGCACUAGUGGGAGCCCCACGGAUGGGCUCAGUGUCAUGCAGGGCAACUACAGCGAGACAGCCAGCUUUGCUGCCCUUUCAGGUGGUACCCUGAGCGGCGGAGUCCUCUCCGGGGGAAAAGGAAAGUACAGCAGGCUGGAAGUGCAAGCAGAUGUGCAGAAGGAGAUUUUCCCUAAGGACUCCGUCAGUCUUGGAGCAGUGAGUGACAACGCCAGCACUCGGGCUAUGGCUGGUUCCAUCAUCAGUUCGUACAACCCACAGGACAGAGAGUGCAAUAACAUGGAGAUCCAAGUGGACAUAGAGGCCAAACCGAGUCACUACCAACUCGUUAGUGGCAGCAGCACAGAGGACUCGCUCCAUGUCCAUGCCCAGAUGGCAGAAAACGAGGAGGAGGAGCAGGAGCAGACAUGCAAACACCAAAGCUGUGAGCGGAAGGACUGCAUUGCCAGCAAAACCUGGGACAUCACCCUGGCACAGCCUGAGAGCAUACGGAGUGACCUGGAGAGCUCCGACAGCCAGUCGGAUGAUGUGCCCGACAUUACCUCGGACGAGUAUGAUUCCCCCCACCCGCAGACUGUAGCCUGCCCACAGACCCCAAAAGCCAGAGGUGCUGAGAGCCCAAGUGCCCAUCUGAGCCAGUGUGCCCGUGAAGAAGGGCACAGGCCAGAGGAAACAGUCUCUAAACUGGAGUGCAUUGAAGCCAGAGUAUGAAGUUGCCUUCCAGAGAAGCAUGCUUAUUGUCACUGCAUCCUUGGGGGCUGAGAGUGUCCUUUGUUGGCUUCUGUUUCUGAUUCUGCCAGCUUCCCCGGUCUGGCCGAGGGGCAAAAUGCCAUUUCUUACGAUAAAAAGAAAAAUCCCCUGCCCUCUCAUUUUUAAUUUAUUGGUUCAAGCGCUCUGAGAGGUGUCUGAGUGUACAUAUGUAUGUGUGCGUGUAUACUGUGAGUCUGCAAAAAUACUGCUGCGGAAUUGUUUUAAUAAAGAUUUCUGUUGUAAUUCAA